UGUAGUGCCCGUAUAAGAAACAUCAUGGAGGAUUUGAGUGACACUGUGGAAAAGAUGCUGAACUCCAUUGACAAGUACAAUCCUGAAAACGUUGGCAUACUGGAAGCAUAUGCAGAACAACAGGCAGAGGAGGGACUGUACAACUUUGAAGCAAACUUGGCAGUUCUGAAACUAUAUCAGUUUAAUCCUCAUCUCUUCAAGAUGCCAGUUGCUACAGCAAUUUUGUUGAAAGCGUUGACGAACUUACCGAGCACGGAUUUUCAGCUGUGUAGAGCUCUAAUACAGGAUCAAUAUCAACAAGAAGAGCCGCUGUCAAAAGUCAUAGAGCUUGCUAACUUGCUUGAAACAUGUUGUUUUCAUGAAUUUUGGGAAAUGUUGGAUUCUGAUCGUGACUUGAUUGCUCCAGCUGCCGGUUUCGAUGAAGCGAUAAGACGAUAUGUGUGUCAUGUUGUAUCUAUUACAUUCCAGAGAGUCGCAGUAGAUCAUUUGGCUGCUAUUUUGGGAGAUCUUCAAGGUGAUAACCUACACGCCAUCAUUGACAAACAAGGCUGGAAACUCGAAGGCAACUCUGUCUUUAUUGUCAGCCAAGAAGCUAUUGUCAAACCGAAGAACAUUGUUGCCAAGAUGCAAUUUGAUAAUGUGGCAAGUGUGAUGGCAAGCAGUGUGCACUGAUCAGUAAUAAUGUGUUGUUAGGAUACUGAGUUGACACUCUAGAGCUUAAAAGUAGUUAAUUAACAUGAAAUUGUUGAUAACAUUUGCUUUUAUGUGGACCGUAUGGCGAUUGGGUUGUGUGCCUUUUUAUUUCUGGAUGUGAAUGUUGUGAAUGCCACAAGUCAAACAUGGA